UGACAGGAUAGGGAUUUAACAUAUAAUUUAAUGGGUUAUUUUCCGAAUUGCCUACGGAAUUCGGGAAAUUAUUAACAAAAAGAAAUUUGAAAAGUAUUUUAUAAAUAUAAGAGAUUUAGACUAAGAUGUUAAAGUUUAGUGGAUUUGUUUAUUGGAGGUUAGGCUCGAGGACUACUGGUAUUAGAAGUUAUGCCGGCCCAGGAGCCAAUAUGUUCAAGGCAGAUAAAACGGACUCGUCUAAACUUAUAUCGGAUCAUCCCGAAGAAAUAGAGUCAGACGAUAAACCCAGUUCAGGUCUUGUAGCAGCCGUUUUUGCAUCAUUAAAUAACCCAGACAGUGAAAUAAGAAAACCCAGUCCAAAAUCUGUAAAGACCAGUCGAAUCCAGCAACUUGACACUCAGAUAUCAUCAGCCACAGAUAUCAACACUCUUCUUCAUGUUGCUGAGAGUCCAGUUGUAUCAAGACGUCAUGCACUUAAGAUGGUGUCUGUACUUUCGGAAUGGUCAAGUUCAAACAGAGUUAAGUUGUCAGAAUUUGAGAAGGAUCCGCGCUUUCUAAAGUUGUGUCGUAUUCUUGCGCGGACACCCUCCAGCCAAGCCAUGAGUUCUCUGACCAUGGCGGAGGAUCUGAGCACUGUUCUUGGAAUCACUGGAGAUGAUGAAGCUGCUAGACUUAUAGCUAACUUAUCUUUAGCCCAAAUGAUAAAGGUAAUGAAAGCUUUGCAGCAGAAAGGUCGCCGGAGCACGCCUCUCCUCCGAGCUCUCUCGUACAACAUCAGCAAACAGCCUGAUAAUAUAGACCUCAAAAGAUCCGCUGACUUACUCUUCUCAAUGGCUGCCCUUAACUUCCCUGAUCCUGUGUUACUCGAUAGGAUAUGCAGUGACGUAAUUUCAAACCUACCCUCAAACACAGACAAACCUGCCGUUGUCAAUUCCAUCAUGGUGUCGCUGGGCCUGCUGCGGUACCGCCACGAGGACGUGCUGUCUGCACUGGUAGACUGGAUGCAGAGGAAUAAGGACGUGUGCAGACCAGGCGAUAUUGCUUCGGCUGUCACCACAUUAGCCACCCUAAACUUCCUACCGCCAAAUUCUGAUAGUUUUAUUGAGUCAGCAACAACUCUCAAAGAGGACGAGAUGGCCAAGGUCCUAUCAUGGCUCGACCUGGUGUUCUCUCUGCUCAUCUUGGAGAAAGCGGAACAGCAUCAUCUCACGUCUACACUCAAACCAGACUUUAUAGAUAAAUUAUUGUCUACAGGAGAAAUAUCAAUACCGUCUCGACGAAAGUUGAUGGCGAUAGACGCAUACUUAGGGCUCAAAUUCCCGUCCGCCGGGCCUCGACUUGCCGAAGACAUUUCAGUGGGCGUCCCCAUAGUGUACACAAAGGAAAAAGCGCUCUACGUGCAGAGCAUUAUGGAUACGUUCAAGAAUUUGGUUUCGGCUGAGACUUUCAUGAGAAAGGAGUGUAAUUCCGGGAUGGGAUUUUUAUAUGAUGCCGAAUUCGCCGUAGAUUCGAAAUGCCACCCCGUACCGUUGAAGAAAGCCGAAAAUGACAAAAGUGUACACAGGAUAGCAGUGCUAGCCCUGGAUUACCAUGACAUGACACGCAAGGUACCCGCCCAUUGCGGUCUCUACACCUUGUAUACUAACCUCUUGCAACUCAAGGGUUUCAAAGUAUUACAUAUUCCGUACACGGAGUACAAUCCCAAAGACAAGCUGGUGUCGCGAGUGCAGUACGUCGAGAAGCGGCUGAAGGAGACCAUCGCUCGCGCCACCGCCUAGAUAGCUUAGUGUACUUAGAUAAUGUUGAGAUUUGGAGUGACACGAUCCAGAAUUAUUUGUAUGAUUCAUUUAUUAAUACGGCUUAACUCACGUUUUGUCGGUGUGGGUACCGACUAGUUUCGGACCAUUCGGAGGUCCUUCAUCAGGGUGAGUGUGGUGGGUUCGCGACAGCGUCCCGUCUUAUACUGGGCCGGUGGUGAUGACGAGCACGGUAUCACUGACACUGUGUCAUUAUUGGUGUCUUCGGGUGCACAGAAUGUACUGACAAUGUCCACUACGUGAUCAUCGGCACAAUGGGUCUUAUUGCGAGACGCGUUUAAUAGCACGGGUUUCCAAGUUGGUGGCAGAGCCCAACCCUUGUCUCUAUUAAAAUUAAAUCGGCGACAGUAGGUUUCUAAAUAUAGAUAAAACGUGAGUAAAGCCGUAUUAAUAAAUAAUUUAAUAAUGACUCACGAAAGUUAAUAAUUGUAUGAUAUUUUUGAAAGUUGUCAAAAGAUGUCAGUCGGGUAUUAAAUAUCGCCUAUAGCAGGGUGAACCAAUGGCGACGCUGUGAAAUGUCUAAUGAAAUGUUUUUAAACUGAAUUCACAUACCUAAUUUACAAUAACAAUACUUUUUCCCAGUGGGAGGCUCCUUUGCACAGGAUGCCGGCUAGAUUAUCGGUACAGUAAGUGUAAGGUGUAAGCGUUACUGUGUUUCGGUCUGAAGGGCACCGUAGGUAGUGAAAUUACUGGGCAAAUGAGACUUAACAUCUUAUGUCUCAAGGUGACGAGCGCAAUUGUUUUACCGCUCAGAAAUUGUUGGUUUAUCAAGAAACCUGAGCGACAAUACAAUUGCGCUCCUGAUGAAAAUCCGGCUCGCCUCGUCCCCUACUUUCAUACAUAGAAAAAACAAUUUUUUUUGAUGAACAGUGACGAGGCGAGAAUAAAUUUCACUUUUGACGUGAUAUGUCCUUUAGUAACAGGGCAGUGCCGCUCGGAAUCCCUAGAAAACUUAAAACUAACAGUCUGCAUAUUGGUUGCACUAGUCAUCUGAGAGUUGAGACAUAAGAUGUUAAGUCUCAGUAGCCCAAUUAUCAGAAUGGUUAAUUAAUUAUUUUCAUGACAAACUUCAUUAACAUUAAUAGUCAUAUAUAUAACUGUUGUGUAAUAAAGGGUAUUAAAAACGAAUGUGGGUUGUGGUGGUCACAUGAGGCGAAGCCGAUUGUGAUAAUAGUAUCACAUGGGUAUUUUAAUACCUAAUUAUCAACAGUUGCAUACAAGACUUUAUCUAAACACCUAAUAUGAAUCCUCUAUAACAGAUUCUGAAACAGCUUACUGCUAACAUUAAAAAGCCAGUCCUAGUAACCAUAAUAUCAUCCAAAGGAGUGUUAUUAUGAAAACGGAUUAUAUAAUGUUGCACUGAAUUUCAUUACAACACUCGUUUGGAUGAUGUAAUGGUUAUUAGAACAUUGGGUGUCUUAAUGUUGGCAAUAAGCUAACUGUUUUAGAACCAUAAAAUGGAACUAUUACGCAAAAGUCUAAGGUAAAAAAACACAAUUACACGCGUUUUAAUACUUUUAUGUACACCCAUGCUUUAAAUCCUCUAUUAAAGAUUCAGAAACAGUUAGCUUAUUGCCAACAUUAAAACGACCAAUGUCCUAAUAACCAUUACAUCAUCCAAACGAGUGUUGUAAUGUUGUACUGAAUUUCAUAACAACACUCCUUUGUUUAUUUUUCGAUCCCUUCAUGCGCAAAGAGACAACAGACAUUCUUAUUGCACGAUGUGUGGUAUCUGUAUGAAUUAAAAAAAAAUAACUUUUUAUUUUACGCGCGUUCCACACUAGAACCAAGAACGUCGCGUGCCGUAAAAAAUGUAGGUUAUUCGAAUCCCCGUCAUUUUUCUUCGAUAUUUUUAUUAUUUUGUUGACAAAAAAAGGGCGAUUCAAGUUUUGACUUUAAACGAUGCAUAAGAACAUAAUAUUCAAGUGAAUUUUAAAUAAUUGCACUAUACAAUGUAAAUUAGUUCUAAAUUAAAUAAUUCUUUCUUUAAUACUUAGAUUUGUAUAUAAUCAGUAAUGGAUGAUGAUAGGUUACUACUAGGCUUGGCUGUUUUAAUGUUGGCAGUGAGCUAACUGUUUCAGAAUCUUUUAGAGGAUUCAAAUUCUGGGUGUAGAUAAAGUAUUGUAUGCAACUGUUGAUAAUUAGGUAGUAAAACACUCAUUUGAUACUAUUUACACACUCAGCUUCGCCUCGUGUCAUAAACCCACAUUCGUGUUUUCAUACCCCUUAUUACACAACAGUUGCAUAAAUAACUAUAAAAGUGUUUUAUUUAAAUGUGUAACACUCGCGUUAAUCAAAGAAAAUACUAAGUAUCUACUAUAAAAAUUGACGUACAAUAAACAACUAGACUAACAAUCACCCUCUGAAAUUUUUUUGUUCAGUUGAGUUUAGACCGCGCUUUGAAUACAACGCCACGCAACAAUAAAAUGUUCAGUGAAAAUCUGUUCAAAUGUAAGCAUAUCUAAACAUACGAACGGUAGCUGCCCCUUAAAAUAAGCAAAAUUAUCAUAUAUAAAUAAAUAAUUACAAUUUAAUUGCUAAAAUAAAAUAUGUGGCGGAUGAGUGUGGAGGACAAACGAGCGUACGAGUCACCUGGUGUUAAGUAAUCACCGCCGCCCACAUUCUCUUGCAACACCAGAGGAAUCACAAGAGCGUUGCCGGCCUUUAAGGAAGGUGUACGCGCUUUUUUUGGAGGUACCCAUGUCAUAUCGACCCGGAAACACCGCACAGGGAAGCUCAUUCCACAACUUUGUACUACGAGGAAGAAAGCUCCUUGAAAACCGCACUGCGGAAGAUCGCCACACAUCCAGAUGGUGGGGAUGAAUAUCCUAACUUGUGGCGUGUCGUCCGAAGAUGGAAUUCGGCGGCAGGACUCAGAUUAAACAGCUCUUCGGAACACUCCCCGUGAUAAAUGCGGUAGAAGGCACACAGUGAAGCGACGUCUUUACGCAACGCCAAGUGAUCCAGCCGUUCACAGAGCACUGGGUCCCCUACAAUUCGAGCUGCUCUGCGUUGCACGCGGUCAAAUGCAUCGAGCUGAUACUGGGGUGCGCCAGUCCAGAGAUGACAGCAAUACUCCAUGUGUGGCCGGACCUGCGCUUUGUAGAGCGCUAGAAUGUGGGCCGGCUUGAAGUACUGCCGUGGUCUAUUAAUGACCCCCAGCUUCUUCGAAGCCAAUUUGGCUUUGCCCUCCAGAUGGCCAUGGAAUUGGCAAUCGCUCGAGAUUUCGAGACCCAGUAUUCCGAUACUAGGCGAGGCUUUAAGGGAAGUGUAGCCGAAGAGCGGUGAUACGACAAAUGGGGUUUUUUUUAGUGGUAAAUGCGCAAACUUGAGUCUUCUGGGGGUUAAAUUGGAGGUUAAAGGUUCAAUUUACCCCAUUCCGCGACCUUCUCGAGAGAGGACUCGAUAGAAGGCACAAGAUUCUCCCGGCACUGGUCGACGAUUUCCCGAGAGAGACCUGCAUGGCCAGUGUAUACGGCAUCACCAGUGCUGGCGUCUGCAUAGCAAUGUAUGUUGGAGAUGUCCAACAUAUCAUUGAUAUGCAGAAGAAACAGCGUGGGAGAUAGCACACAGGCUUGGGGCACUCCAGCGUUCACGGGCUUGGGAUUCGAGAAAUAACCGUCGAAAACGACCUGUAUGCUGCGCCCAGUGAGGAAGCUGGAGGUCCACUUGCAUAAGCUCUCGGGAAGCCCAAAUGAUGGAAGUUUUGAGAGGAGCGCCGGUCGUUGAGGUAUACCAAGAGCUGGCGGUUAGUUAUGCUCUCCAUGAUCUUGGAGUGCAUAAUAGAGGUAAUAGCAAUAGGCCUGUUGUUUGCCGGAUCCGAAGUGUCUCUUUUUUUUUGGAUCGGAUGGACAAGGGCUUACUUCCAUCAGUCAAGGACUACGCCUUUUGAAUAAGAGUGCCGGAAUAAACGCGUUAGCACCGGUGUCAACUCAGGGGCACACGUUCUAAGCACGAUUGGAGAAAUGCCAUCCGGCGCGCUCGACUUCCUGACGUCCAACGAAAACAGAGCUCGCAUAACAGUUUUCUGUCGGAACUGUACUUCAGGCAUGGAGCUCUGACACCGCGGGAUGGUUGGCGGUGUUUUUCCGUUGUUGUCAAGAGUCGAGUUGGAGGCAAAAAGAGUGCACAGGAGAUCGGCUUUCUCUUUUGCCGUAUGGGCCAGGGUGUCAUUCCUCAUGUGCAACGGCGCCAUGGACGGCUGGUUGAAGUUACCAAGAGCAGAUCAAUUCAAUCAAAAGCUUCUUAUGAGGGUACACAAUAGCCUAUUGAGAGUCUAGCUAUUUAUUAUAGGGUCAAUGAUUAUAAAUCACUUAUUUAAUAUGAACUAAAACAUUGAGGAAUAAUUGUUAAGGAUUAAAAUAUUGCUUGGUGUAAAGAAUCACUUGAAAUAAUAAAACGAAAAUAGUGAAAUUACCCCAAUUUUGUACCGGCUGUGAACUGCGUCGGCCUUGGUGUUGUAUUAAUUUAUUAUAUAUAUAUAUAUAUCUUUCUGUAGUUAUUGUAAUAUCGAGUUACGUGUGAUUGUGUAUAUUUAAUAGAGUAUUUGAAAGUCCCUGUUUUGCUGUAUUUAUUAUUUACGAUAUGUAAUUUUUUUUUAAAGAAAAAAAAAUUUAACUUAAAGCGCUGCUUAACUUACAGUAGUUCGCUUCACGACACACGUCACAGACUUAAAUAUUCACAUAAUCUGGAUAUACGACGUUGCACAGUUGCACAUACACAGUUUUCAAGAAUCUUUCUACCAUUUACAACCAAACAUAUUGUAAUAUUGACACACUUUUUACACAAAUUAUCUUGCCCCAAGUUAAGCAUAUAUAGCCUGUGUUUUGGGUUACAAGACAACGAUAUAUUUAAUACAAUAUACUUCCUUAAACAUACAUAAAUUCAUAUAAACAUACAUAAAUACAUUUAAACAUCCAUGACUCGGAAACAAACAUCCAUAUUCAUCAUAUAAAUGCUUGCACCUACCGGGAUUCGAACCCGGGACCUCUAGCUUAGUAGGUAGGAUUGCUAACCACUCGGCUAUACAGGUCGUCAAAGGUGUAUAGUUGUUCCAAGUUUAAAAUUUCUUCGCACUGUCAUGUAAUUCUGUAGUAACGACGGUAAUAUAAAGAAAAAAAACAUUUAAACUUGGAAUAACUUUACUUCGCAUUUAUUACUAAAACAAUGACACCCCUGCGCUGGUUUGUUCCCCUAUUUUAUAAAAUUUCAUACGAAACUUUCUACCAUACGAGACCAUACUAAAAUAUGAUCUUCCUUCAUUGGUUAUUUCCAGGCCCCUUCUUCAUUCAACGCCUUUUUUGUUACCGUGCUGUUAGUUUCAUGGGAUCCUUGUAUUACAAAGUACCUUAAAGAGACCCACGAUAGAUAUUGGAUUUAAUAUAAUACUUUGACGCGCUUUGAAAACUAGACCAGUGUAUAUAUAAAGUUGUAUGCUUCGAUGAAACAGAUAAUAUUAAUAAUAACUGUUAAUUAAAUUGAAAUUACAUUUCGAUUCUAUCCGUUCCUUGCAUAUAGACCUUCUUUUUAACUAUUUAAUCGUAAAUAAACACGAAUAUUUUAACUGUAAAUAAUCAGGAAAUAUUUCACUAUAAUUACCAUGCAACUUAGAGACUUCGUAGCAAAGAAAGAUACUAUCAUAAAUUCGAAAUAUCGUAACAUUAUGUACCUACAAAGUAGUGCUUAGGUACUUACCUAGCUAUGCCCCGGGGCUUUGGAUGGAAUUGUAUUUGAAUGCUAAUAAACAUAUUGGCGGACAUUUUCUUAUGCAUAUUAUGACGCCAUCCACUUAUUAAAUCCAGAUAAUCCAUCGCAAUGUUCUGUCGAUUUUCGGUAAAUUUAAAAUGACGUUUGAUAUGAAGGGACAAGACAGUCGUACAUUAAAGUACGGCUUAGGUUGUUUUGUGAUGCGUUUAGGCUUGAUUACUUCUAUAAAAACACUUCUCGAAGUGAUUCACUGCGGGCAUGUAAGAAAAUAAACCGUCAAUAGAAACCUCUGCAGGCGAGUUUUAUUUUUACUCAUGUGACUUUUAGUGUAUUUUGUAAAAACAGGUUAUUUUAAAAACAUUUCAAAGCGACGAAAAAAGGCGACAAGACGAAUUUAAAAAUUGAGUUUUAAUAGGCUGUUAAACUAUACAGUAAUUUUAUAAUUAAUGAAAUCAAAUCAAAAUCACUUUAUUUAUGUAGAUCACGGAAAAGACACUUAUGAAUGUCAAAAAAGAAUUCAUUUUUUCAUAUUGAAUCUACUGCUUCUUCGUAAAGGGUUGAGCUAAUGACAAGAAGUAGCAAGAAACUCAUUGCCACAAAUCAUUUCGAUUACUGUAUAAUAUUCAUUCCCUCAUUCACUCAUUCCCUAAUUCACUCUUCCAUUCCAUUAAAAAAUCUAAGCACACAACAUGGAAGUGACUUCUGUGUUUUGCAAUGAUGACCAAGCCAGUACAUAGUUCAGAAAAUACUGAGUCACGGGCGAAAGCUGACCACACUUACUUCCCAACACUUACUAGAACAGUUAUGAUCGUGAGUUGUAAUAAAAAUUGUACCUACCCUCAAUUUAUAUUUAUUUGCAAUGUACGAUUUUUAUUUCGACUGUAAUUGUAUAUUUGUUAAUAAAUGAUAGUUAUUACAACAAA